GAAAUGCCGCUUUCUGCCAGCUAGCAAGUUUCAGAAAAAAAAAUCCUCGGAUAGUUGUGAGCUGAUUAAAUACCUUCAGUAAACGCGGACUAUUCUGGAUGCCAGUGAUAUUACAAUCCAUAAUACAAAUAAUAAUCAUUUUCAAUUCCGUAAUAGCGUUCCAGAGACACCGCUGUCAGUUUAGACAAAUAAAUAAAAGUAGUUCUGAUCUGUUUAGAUUAGCUGUUAGCGGAUUAGCUUCAGUCUUGGCUGUUUUACACACAGCAGAUCCUGUUCAGAAACACCAUGAAACUCUACAGUCUGAGCGUCUUGUAUAAAGGCUCGACGAAGUCCAACCUGCUUAAGGAGGCGUAUGAUCUGUCAUCAUUCAGUUUCUUCCAGAGGUCCAGUGCACAGGAGUUUAUGACGUUCACCAGUGCACUGAUUGUUGAGCGUUCAGCAUUAGGAACCCGUGCGUCUCUCAAAGAGCAAGGGUACUUGUGUCACGUGUACGUUCGGAAUGACAAUCUUGGUGGUGUUGUGAUCGCAGACAGUGAAUAUCCCUCCAGAGUCUGCUUCACUUUACUUGAUAAGGUGCUGGAUGAGUUCUCCAGACAGGUGAACAGUAUAGACUGGCCUUCUGGUUCUCCAGCGACCAUUCAGUACACAGCACUGGACAGCCAUCUGGCUAGAUACCAGAAUCCACGUGAGGCUGACGCUAUGACCAAAGUGCAAGCAGAACUGGAUGAAACCAAAAUUAUUUUGCACAAUACAAUGGAGUCACUGCUGGAGAGAGGAGAGAAGCUGGAUGAUUUAGUUCAGAAAUCUGAGCAUCUGGGAAACCAAUCAAAAGCCUUUUAUAAAACGGCACGCAAGCAGAACUCAUGCUGUGAGAUCAUGUGAUCGCGUCAAAGUCUCUGAUUGGACUGGACUCUUCGGCCACCUCUCCCCUCUGGUUUUCUAUUUUCCCCUCUCUUUCUCUCUGUCCUGGUGUGGGCUGGUGCUUUUAUCACACAGCAGUCAUAGUGAAUACACGAGAGGGCCGAUCCGACAUUAUACAAUAAUGGGCUCAGAGGGGGCUGAUUUCCCAUGAUGCACCACACUCACUCUGCCAUUGGUUUUCAUGUUGUGUGAGAACUUGAUUUUCUUCUUGACGGUUCCUCAGGGUCUGGCACAAGCUCAAAACAGAUCCGGAUAAAAGCAUAGAGGGGCUCGAGUCAAACGUCCCCGCUGUGCCUUACUUUAGACGCAGGUGUGUUGAUAUCAGACUGUUGAAGUAGCCUUAUCAACAGAGGACACGUGAGUGAAAAUGCUGCAAUCUCUGUAUUUAGACUCAUCAUUUGGCUUUGGCAGUUUUGAAGCGCCUUGUAGAGUGAACAUGUAGCGUGAAUUCUUUUUAAAUGUGAAAACAGUAAAUAAUGUGUCAAGUAUUGAUGUUCAUAACGUUCGGAUUCUCAAUAUUGUGUGUAAGUGACUGACCAAAUGAAAUGUUUCAGAGUCUGUUUGUGAACAAUUCUAAUGCAUUUUUGGUUUGGAAAUGUAAAUAAAUGACUGAAUUGUAUCGGCUUUGGUUUCUUGCAUCAGUUGUAAUUGCAAUUUGGUUUUUAAUACUUAAGAAACAUUCCUGCAAUAUGUACAGUUGGUGGUUGAUAAUGAACAUGUUGUAAUAUUUGAGAGUAAUAAUAAAGCCUUAAAGUGUGGUUUGGUGUGAAAUCAGCCCCCUUGAUCCUCGUGAGACGGUAAACGCAGUUGUGAGUGUAAAUCUGUGCUGUGUUAGUGAUUGGUCACAUGACUCUCGCUGGACCUCUCAAAUGCUGUAUCCAAUCUAACGAUGCUUUGCUGCUAACAGCCUGAAGGCCCGACUCCUGAGUCCUGGUUUCAAGUUAAUGUGCUUUUUCUCUUUCUGUAAAGCUUAAAUGUACAUGCACAAAAGUUUGGGUAAAACCAGCAGUAUCUGGGUGAACCUGUCAAGAUCAUGUCCAGGUCUUAUUUCACCCUAAAAUCAGAAGAAAAUCUAUUUUGUUUAAAGACAAUCUCGUUUUAGACCAUUUAUGUUUUUGCAUUUUGACAAUUAAGAACAAAUUUUCCCCAAUUUGUUAUAUUAAUGACAUUUUCGCACUGAAUUGCCAUGGGAAUGUUCUUCUUGGAAAAAUAAGUUAAUGCAUUCUUUUAAAAUGAUCUUUUUAUUUUAAGUUCUAUUUAUAUUUUUGCAUUUUGACAAUUAAGAAAAAUCCACCCCCCCAAUUUGUGAUAUUGACAUUUUCAAACAAUUUAUCAAGAGAAUGAAAAAAAAAGAAAGAAAAUAAGUUAAUGCAUUCUUUCAAAAAUAAUUUAAUAAUAGGAUUUUUAAAUUCUAUUCUGUUUUGAUUUUGGAAAUCUCAUAAUUAGAACCUUUUGUAUUUUGCAUUCUGACGCUUAAGAACAAUUUCCCCCAAAUUUCUCCCAAUUCUUGAUAUUAAAGACAUUUUCUCAUCAUUCUUUCAACAAUAAUUGCUAGGAUGUUUGUAUAUUUGAAGGUGUAUUUUGUUUUGAUUGAAAAAAUCUCAUAAUUGUAAAGUACUUAAUAUACUAUGAAAUUUAUUAAACUGCCUUUACGCUUAUUUAAAUGAAAGUUUAAAAAAAAUACAUCUUUAUACAGUAAAAUAAUAAUGUAUUGCACAGUUAUGUUAAGAAAAAAAUGUAAAAGUCUGGAAAAUGUCUUACAGUAAUGAGAAUUUGGGGUUAAAAGGUGCAGAACUAUUAUGAAAAUAAUGUCAAAUUACUGUCUUAAAAUAUGCAUUACUAUCUUUAAGAAAAGUAAAGUUUCCUUUUUUUUUUUUUUGAGGUGAAAUAUGACCCAAACAUGUCACUUUUUGUGGGAUUCACUCAUCUUGUCUGUCCCAGCGGGCACUAGAGGAACGUUUUGUGUGAUUGGCGUGUUGAACUGGGGAAUCUGCACAUCUUAAACUCAUCACAAUGACACUAGUGUUGUGCUUUUUAUACGUCAGUAGAGGUGGACUGAGAGUGUCGUGUGUGUAGAUGUUGAUGUUCAGUUGGGGUUUUUCAGCACAUGAAACAUGACAGUGUGUGUUCAGUCUGUGUGCUUCUAUCUGCCCUCGGCAAUGUACAAGUUACACUUCAUGUGUACGACUAACUAACUAACUAACCAACUGCUGAUGUAGUGUGAGACUGUUUGAGGUGCCUUUUUUUGGUUAUUGCCGAAUCAUUGCCAGCUCAUUUUAGAAGAACACAAUCGUUAGUGAUGUUUCAGACUAGUUGUUCCCUUCACAUACUCAUUAACUGUACAAAAAUUUAAUAUGUUGACUAAUAAAUAUUUGGCAGUAACAAAA